AUGCCUACUGAAUCAGAAUUAGGGAUUCGACUUACAGAAGGAGAGGGGUCGAGUGCAUCUGAUGGGGACAUAGCGUUCAUCAGGCGUGGCUUCGGAGAAGUACAAGCUGUCCGGCAAGGCCUGUACCAGCGGCACAUCCAGAUGAUCGCUCUUGCUGGUACAAUUGGCACCGGUCUAUUCCUCAGCUCUGGCCAAGCACUCGUAACGGCAGGCCCACUGGGUGCAUUUCUUGCCUAUUCGAUUGUUGGCCUUGCUGUUUCGAGCGUCGUCCUGACUGUCGGAGAGAUGGGUGCGUUAGUACCCCUUAGCGGCGGUCUCGUCCGAUAUGCUGAAUACUUCUUCGACCCGGCCAUGGCCUUUGCCAACGGAUGGAACCAAGUAUACUUAUACUCGGUCACUCUCCCUGCUGAAAUAGUGGCAGCCUCAGUGCUGGUUGAAUUCUGGAUCACCGUCAACAACGCAAUCUGGAUUACCGUCUUCAGCGUGCUGGUGCUCAUUACUGCGCUGGUGUUCGUCAGAAUCUAUGGGGAGCUGGAGUUCUCAUUCGCCAUCUUGAAAAUCCUGCUAAUCAUUGGAGUGAACAUCAUGGCACUGGUGAUUACUUGCGGCGGAGGACCAGAUGGAGAAUCCAUUGGUUUCAGAUACUGGAGAGACCCAGGGCCUUUUGUUCAGUAUCUGGGGAUCAAAGGUUCCCUUGGCGAGUUCCUUGGUUUCUGGACAAGUCUAAAUAAUGCCAUCUUUGCAUACUCGGGAAUCCAGAAUAUCACGAUCCCCGCGGCUGAAACCAAGUCUCCACGACAAUCAAUACCAGAGGCAACCAAGCGCGUCUUGUACCGCAUCUUCCUCUUCUAUGUCCUGUCAAUCUUUAUGAUGGGUUUGGUUGUGCCUUCUAAUGAUCCCACUCUUCUGCAACUGACUGGCACGGCUUCUCAGUCCCCGUUUGUUAUCGCUGCUCGCCGGGCAGGGAUCAAGACGGUACCCUCAAUCAUCAACGCUGUUAUCCUGACUUCCGCCUGGUCUGCUGGCAAUUCAUACAUCCUUUUUGGAUCCCGGAUUCUCUAUGGCAUGGCGGUCCAUGGCCAUGCUCCUGCCGUAUUCGAAAGGCUGAACCAGUUCUCUGUCCCUUAUGUGGCUAUUAGCUGUAUCGGGCUCUUCAUGUGCUUGGGAUAUAUGUCUCUCUCCCACUCGUCAACCAUAGUCUUUCGAUGGCUGCGUGAUAUCGUGUCAGUUGCCACAUUAGUAGACUGGAUAAUCGUCUGCAUAGUCUACCUCCGAUUCUACUACGGUUGCAAGAAGCAAGGCGUCGACCGACACAAAGAGCUUCCAUGGGCUGCGCCCUUCCAGCCCUACUUUACCUGGGCAUCGCUGAUCCUUUUCACCCUCUUGCUUAUUACUGGUGGCUUUAGCACAUUCAUCAACGGCCACUGGGAUACCGAAACCUUUGUCUCAUCGUACAUCAACAUCCCCAUCGUCCUUGGUCUCUAUUACGGGUACAAAUUCUGGAAGAAAACGCACAUCAUCGCUUUGGAGAAUAUACCGCUGGUCGGUCUAAUCCAGUUCUAUCUGUGCCAUGAUGAAGACGAACCGGAACCACAGCCUAGAAAGGGGCUCGCGAAGUUUAACAUUCUUUGGUAG